UGAGAAGACCUCGUCGGCUCUAAAUUUUCCUUACUCCGAUCGAAUUGACGCUGUUUUGAGAUCACCUGGACAAUAUAACUGGUAUGUAUCACUAGAAUAUUAGAUAUAGCUAUGAUAAAAAUGCAUCAGUAAUCAAUUUAUUGAUCAAUAGUAUCGUAAUAUCGUAAUAUUUACCUCGAAUCUUAUUUUCAAAAUUUAUCAAAAAUGGCGCCGUUCCCAGAAGUCAUUGCGCGCACCAGAUGAAAUACAUGACGUCACAUCCGCAUUUCUAGAAGAAUCUCGACCUCAAAACUGUGAGGAAAAGUCGUAUUUUAAGACUACAAGACAUUAUAAAAACACUGUAUUUAAUUAAGAAAAUUAUCAAAAAGUAAAAAUGGUGAAAGAAACUGCCUUCUAUGAUGAGCUGGGUGUUAAUCCUAGUGCAACUCCAGCUGAACUGAAGAAAGCUUACAGAAAGAUGGCUUUAAAGUACCAUCCAGAUAAAAAUCCUGAAGACCCAGAAAAGUUCAAGAAGAUAUCUCUAGCCUAUGAGGUCCUUGCUGAUGAGAAAAAGCGCCAGAUUUAUGAUGAAGGUGGUGAGCAAGCAAUUAAGGAGGGUCCUGGGGGUGGUGGUGGUGGAUUCCAUUCCCCCAUGGACAUAUUUGACAUGUUCUUUGGUGGGGGUGGUGGUCGAGGACACCAGAGGCGUAGUAAUCGCAGUAAAGAUGUUGUACACCAGAUGAAGGUUUCCCUAGAGGACUUAUACAAUGGAUCAACGAGAAAGCUAGCACUACAAAAAAAUGUGAUUUGUUCUAAAUGUGAAGGGCGAGGGGGCAAGAAAGGUGCAGUAGAGAGGUGUCACACAUGCAAGGGGUCAGGGAUGCAAGUGAGAAUACAGCAGAUAGGACCAGGUAUGGUGCAACAAAUACAGUCCGUCUGCAGUGAAUGUCAAGGUCAGGGUGAACGUAUCAAUCCAAAGGAUAGAUGUAAAGGGUGCCAGGGUCAUAAAACAGUUCGAGAACGGAAGAUAUUAGAAGUCCAUAUUGACAAAGGUAUGAAAGAUGGCCAGCAGAUCAAAUUUACAGGAGAAGGUGAUCAAGAGCCAGGCAUGGAACCUGGGGACAUUGUUAUAGUCUUGGAUGAGAAGGAGCAUGCAGUAUUUCAACGACAUGGUCAUGAUCUCGCAAUGAAGAUGGAACUUGAACUUGUGGAGGCAUUAUGUGGAAUGCACCGUCCUAUUACCACUCUUGAUAAGAGAAGUCUUAUCAUCAAUACUAUUCCAGGAGAAGUAUUGAAACAUGGGGCAGUGAAGAAUAUCCUAGGAGAGGGCAUGCCUAUGCACAGGAAUCCCUUUGAGAAGGGACGUCUUAUCAUCAAUUUCAGUGUCAAAUUCCCAGAUACUAUACCUCCAGAGGCUGUUCCUGCAUUAGAAAAAGUUCUACCUCCCAGAGUUGACCCUAUGAUACCUGAUGAUGCAGAAGAAUGUAACCUUGAGGAGUAUGACCCCCAUUCCAAUUAUAACCACCAUGGGGGCCAUGCAUAUGACAGUGACGAUGAAGAGGCAGGGGGACAGAGGGUACAAUGUGCAUCACAUUAAUAUUAAUGACAUUUUAAGAAAGUUAUAACUUGCAAAAUUGAAUUUCCCACAUUUUUGAUGUUUUUACUAUUUUAAGAGCUCGAUGCACCAGAUUGCAGUAAACCCUGUGUAUUGUGAACGCCUCAUUGCUUGCAGAUAAGGGGUGACGUCCAAUUAUGAACAAUUGGAAUUUAUGCAAGAGGGAUGGGUAAAUUAUGAUUUUGUGAAGAAUGUGGAUUGUUGAAUAUUCAAGUGAAAGAGAAAUAAAAAAAUUGAAUUUCCAUUUUCCCACUGCUUUUGGACACCAUCCCCAAGUAUUUGAUCUUGAUGUAUAGGGAGUGUUUAACAUUCAAGAGAAAUUGAAGGAAAUUAUUCACCAUGUAAGGGCUUGGUGGAACAUGUGUGUUUGCAAAGGUAAAGUUGUAGAAACUAACUUAGAGAUGUUCUCUAUUUAUUAUUAUUAUAUUAGAAGAGAUGUGUUUACUUUAUACAGGUUUUAUGUGUCUCAAUGCACUCAUGGAAUUGACCACC